UUGGUAUGAUUCCAUUGAGCUGCCAGUGAAUCGACCGUUUUAUUUAUUGACAUCCAACUCUGUUGAACAUAACGCUCCAAGAUGUCAGAUGGUCAAAUGGGCAGUCAAUCGCUUGGAGUAUAUUAAUUUCGUUAAAAAUUAUCAACGUGACAAAGACUACGAAUCAGGAGAACAUGUUUUCAUUAAAUUUCGAAGGAAAGUAUUCUAUUGUUACUAUGAAGGUUGCCGUCGCAGGAUGACAAAUGCUCCUAGCGGCUCGUUCAGAUCUUAUCAAGCACCAGAGAGCAGAAAUGCUACUCGUUCUCAAUACUGCUCGUGGCUAAUUACCACUCCUGAAACAUCCGUUGCCUCCUUGAGUUUCAGUGAAAUGAUUAUACCCAGCUGUGAUGAUACAUUUCUAAGAAUCUACGAUGGUGCUAACGAGAAAGCCCCAUUGCUGGGUACAUAUUGUGGACCAAAUGCAAGCAAACAAGUCCAAAUUUCCUCAUCAACAAAUAGUUUAUACGUCGUAGCAAAUUCAGGAAGGAUUGGAAAACGAACGUUUUCUUUUCAAGCCCAUUAUUACAGCGGGAGUUUAAAAGAUUUAGAUGCCCGUCGUACAACUGUUUCCAGCGGUUCGUUUAGACCAAAUCCUCCAGUACCAGUCAGCAAAAUGAAUCGUUAUUCGCAAUACUGCUCGUGGCUAAUCACGAUUCCUGCAACACCCGUUGUUUCUUUGAGUUUCAGUGAAAUUGCUAUACCCAGCUGUGAUGAUACAUUUCUAAGAAUCUACGAUGGUGCUAACAGGAAAGCCCCAUUGUUGGGUACAUAUUGUGGAUCAAAUGCAAGCACAUCGAUCAAGAUUACGUCAUCAACAAAACUUUUAUACAUCGUCGCAAAUUCUAGAAUAUAUGGAAAGAGUGAAGGCGACGAUACAUUUCUAAGAAUUUACGAUGGUGCCAACAAGGAAGCCCCAUUAUUUGGUACAUAUUGUGACUCACGAUCAAAUGCAAGCACGGAAGUCGUCAACAUCACAUCAGCUGGAAACGCUGUGUAUGUUGUGGCAAAUUUUGGGAGACGUGGAAAGAAUGGAAGCCAAGUCUUUUCAUUUCGAGCUCAUUAUAGCGGGAGUUUCAAAGAUUCAGUUAACGAAGACCGUUCGCGUAAUUUAAGCAAACUCGUUAUUAUAUUUUCGAUCGUGGGUUUAGCGCUGGUUCUCAUCCUCGUCAUAAUUGUUGUGUUGGUAAAAUACAAACGCAGGAAUGCUGAACCAAAGUCAGUAGCUCCUGUUAAUAUUCCACUGGAGAAAGUUGAAAAUUCAGAGGUUGCUCAGGAACCAAUGCGUUCAGAUGUUGAAAUGUCAACUGAAAAUUACGAAGACGCGCCCAUACACAGUGACCAAGUGGAAGACGGCGCUUGCGAAAGAGGACCAGCGCGUUGGCACGUAGAAGCGCCAGAUUACGAAGCAACGUCAGAACAAAAUGAUGACGGUUAUGAGACUGUUAACGUUCUGGCCAAGUCGCCAAUUGAUAAAAAAGCCAAAAACAAGACGAAAGCUAAUGAUGCCGGUUACACCGCGUUGGAUCCGAAGAAACGAGAAACGGAAAAUGAUUAUGAGAAGUUGGUUAAAUGAACUUUUUAGCAAACUUUUUAGCACAGAUGCCUUGUACUUUUAUGACGGUAUAAUUGAGAAAAACGAAUUUUAAUUUUCCGGCUGACUUCCAUACUUAAUUUCCACAAGUACGUUAGAGGGAAUUAGCCUUCAGAUUACGAGUUUGACUUGGAGUUUAAAGUAUAGGGAUCUGGUUAGGAUUUGGAGAUUAGAUCUUAUUGUACUUGUGUUAGUAAUUUCAGCACUUGAUAGACUUUGAAUAUUUGAUUGAAAAUUAUUUUAUUUAUAAUGUGUAAUGAGAUUCAAGCAAAUCACACGUUAUAUAGCAAGACAGACUAUAUUCAAUAACAGUCGGUAAUUCUCGGGAGCAAUGAGAGUCCUUUAUCACAAUUUUCCUUAAAAAAAUGUAACACUAGCAGCUCUUAAAAUAUU